CCAAAGUGUAUAAAGAGAGACACUGUGUCAGUCUGUGUGUUUCACACUGAGGGACUGGUGUGUGUGCAGAAGAAUCAGUAAUGAUGAAGUGCUUAUAUCUUUUGUAUGUCGUGUUUCACGUCGCUGCAGGCUGUAAUCUCACUGCUCAAACUAAAUAUGAAUACAUUGGACUCCCUGGUGGUUCAGUUCUGUUACUCUGCUCCUGCUCUGACCUGCACACCAAACCUCACACAUUCACCUGGAUGACCUUCAGAACAGGAAAGGCAAAUGACGUGUUAAAUGAUGAACACUACCGUGACAGACUUCAGCUGUUUAAUAACACUUCUCCUGGUAAUCUGUCUCUGCUCAUAUCUGACCUGAGAGAAGAGGAUGCAGUAGACUACAGGUGCAGAACUGAGAAGGAACACAGAGACAUGAGUAUUCCUGGUAAAGGCUGUGAUCUCUAUGGUGAUAAACAUCAGGUAGCUAUCAAUGGACUCCCUGGUGGUUCAGUUCAGUUACCCUGCUCCUGCUCUGACCUGCACACCAAUCCUCAGAUAUUCACCUGGACGACUAACAGAACAGGACACUGGACUGACGUGUUAAAAGAUGAGCUCUAUCGUGACAGACUUCAGCUGUUUAAUAACAUUUCUCCUGGUAAUCUGUCUCUGCUCAUAUCUAACCUGAGAGAAGAGGAUCAGGGAGUCUACAGGUGCAGCACUGGAUUAAAGGAAUACAGAGACAUCAGGAUUAAUGUUGAAGGAGGAAAAAGAGAAACUUCAACACGCUCAGGGAAAACAGACAGAAGACCUCCAUCAGAACAGCCUCAAAGUAAAACAUCAAACGCUCCACCUACAUCAUCCUCAACAACACUGGAACAAGGAGGAAGAAGAGAAACUUUAACACGCUCAGGGAAAACAGACAGAAGACCUCCAUCAGAACAGCCUCAAAGUAAAACAACAAACUCUCCACCUGCAUCAUCCUCAACAACACUGAAACAAGAUGAACAACCACCACACAGCAGCCUCCCUCUGGUUUUCGGCAUUGUUGCCGCUUUGCUGUUGGUGAUAGUUGGUAUAAUGGCAUUUAUUUGUUGGAAGCGCAAAGGUCUUUUCCCAUUAGGAGGAAGACGUGGAAAGAACAAAGUUACUGAAAGACGUCCAAAGCAGAAGGAUCAGACUGUGCCUGAUGUUACUUACUCUACUGUAAGCCACAUUCACACAGCCGGAGCAGCUCGGGUCCAGAUCAACGUCGAAGAGAAAACUGAAUACGCCAGCAUUGUAACAAAUUAAUUUGCAGUAAAAAUAUAGAAUAAUGCUGAAAUCAUCUACAUAAUCUUACAAAUCAUAUUUUGAGUGUAUGUGUCAUUUUAUAUAUUGUGUAGCAUUCUUUUUUUUUUAAAUGAAAGGAAAAAAGCUUGUUUUCUGUUGUGAAUGUGGCUGUUUGUGAAUGUCGUGGGAAAUUCACCAGGACUGAAUGUGUAUUUUGAAAUUAGUUUUUGCAACACACUUAAUGUUCAUUAAAGCAUUUGUGACAGUGUU